GGGCGGGACCGGACUGCGCCACCUGCCGCUGCCAUGGCCGCCGGCGGGCGCGCCCGCGCACAGAGGCCGAAUCUGGACAAGAUGGAGCGCGUGGUCGUGAGCAUGCAGGACCCUGACGAAGGGGUGAAGAUGCGGAGCCAACGCCUGCUCAUCACCAUCAUCCCCCACGCCGUGGCGGGCGGCGACGUGGUGCAGUGGCUGACCCAGAAGUUCCGCGUGGCGGAGGACGAGGCGCUGCACCUGGGCUCGCUGCUGGUGCGGCAUGGAUACCUGUACCCUCUGCGGGACCCCCGCAGCCUCGUGCUCCGGCCCGACGAGACACCCUACAGGUUCCAGACGCCGUACUUCUGGGCAAGCACCGUGUGGCCAGCCGCCGAGCUGGACUAUGCCAUCUACCUGGCCAAGAGGAGCAUCCAGAGGCAGGGGGCGCUGGUGGACCACGAGAAGGGCUGUGCACCCCAUAUCCGGCAGGAGCACUAUGACCAGCUGCAGUGGAAGAUCAGCCACGCCUGGGACCUGGUGGUGACGCAGGCCAGGGAGCAGCUGAGGGCCAUGAAGCAGCGUCGCAGAGGGGACAGGCUGGUCAUCGCGUGCCAGGAGCAGGUGUACUGGCUGGUGAACAGGCCGCCGCCGGGGGUCCCUAACGUGAUGGAGCAGGGUCCAGAGAGGGGCUCAUGUGCCGCCAGCCAACUGCAAAUGUACAAGAGCCUGGAUUUCUACAAAUGGGAGAUCGAGUAUGCCAGGAAGGCGCUGGGUCGGAACCGGCUGAAGUCCUCCGUCUGCCUGGAGGCGUACCUGAAGUUCAGCAGCCAGCGUGGGCCCCACGACCCCAUCCUGUCUGGGUGCCUGCCCAGCAACCCCUGGGUCACGGAUGACGACACCUACUGGACUGUGAACGCGCCCACGGUGGCCACCCCCACGCGGCUCCGAGUGGAGCGCUGGGGCUUCAGCUUCCACGAGCUGCUGGAAGACCCCCUGGGGCGGGCGCAUUUCAUGGACUUUCUGGAGAAGGAGUUCAGCGCGGAGAACCUCAGCUUCUGGGAGGCUUGUGAGGAGCUGCGCUACGGAGGGCAGGCCCAGGUCCCGGCUCUGGUGGACGCCGUGUACCAGCAGUUCCUGGCCCCCGGUGCUGCCCGCUGGGUCAACAUCGACAGCCGGACCAUGGAGCGCACCCUGGCAGGGCUGUGCCGGCCUCACCGCUACGUGCUGGACGACGCACAGCUCCACAUCUACAUGCUCAUGAAGAAGGACUCCUACCCGAGGUUCCUCAAGUCCGACAUGUACAGGGGCCUGCUGGCGGAGGCUACGGUGCCUGUGGAGACCAAGAGACGGGCGUUCCCGUUCCUGCGGAAGCCGCGGCACUGCGGCCCCAGCCCUGCACGCCUUCCUGCCGCUGGGGAGUCCACGGCAGGCCCUGGGGGGCACGGGGAGGACUAGGAGGGCCUCACUUCCUGUCACCUCCCGGCCCCGGCCGCCCAGCCCCCUCUUGGGCCAGGGUCCCUGCAGCUGCCUCUGCCGUGUGCCCAGGCUCACUUGGACCCCAAGUCUGUCCGCGCCUCCUGUUCCUGGGCAAACCCUCCCCUACCCAGAGGGACUGCUCCAGGGGCGGAGCUCCUGGCCACGGCCAGGCUGAGCAGGACCUGCUACCUGAGGACAGCUCCGGGAGCCCCUCCCAUCUCAAGAUCCAGGGAACCUGCCGGCAAAUCCCUGCCAGCAGACGGCUCCGGGGGCGUCUGUCACGACACGGAAACGCAGCUCCCGGAGCAGCUCCAUCCCUGCCGCGAUCCUGGAGGGCCCAGGCCGGGCCGGGCUGCAUGGCGCUGGCCAGCAAGCACCCGCCUCCCCUGGACGUCCCUGCACACGUCCACGGGGUGCAGGCCGGGGCUCCUCUGCCCAAUUCGUGCACGAUGACUGUGUCAUUGCCCCUCCGACUCAGCGGGUCGCGCUCGGCCAGCGUGGCGGAGCCCGGGUGUCUGGUCCGUCCCUCCCCCAGAUGCGCGGUGCGGGCGCGGACCAGCUCAGCUUCCAGCACAGAAAUAAAGGACGC